CCCCUCCCCUCUUCCCUCCCACCUCGGCUCUGUCCCUUUGCUGGUUACCGGCACAUUUCGCGGCCCAGGCAGCCGAAGCUAGCGAGCGGCCGGAAGGAAGCCAGGAAGUGCGGAGGCGGCAGUGGCAGCGGCGGCCUAGUGGCGCAGGCCGCAGCGCGGACGCGCAGGGAGUGUGAGUGAGGCGGCGCCGGGCAGGGGAUCCCGGCAGGCCCGGGGGGAGGCCGCGCUCCUUCUCUCCCGCCAUGGCCGACAACGAGAAACUAGAUAACCAACGGCUGAAGAACUUCAAGAACAAAGGCCGCGACCUGGAGACAAUGAGAAGACAACGAAAUGAAGUUGUUGUGGAGUUAAGAAAGAACAAGAGAGAUGAACACCUGUUAAAGAGAAGAAAUGUACCCCAUGAAGAUAUCUGUGAAGAUUCAGAUAUAGAUGGCGAUUUCAGAGUGCAAAACACCUCAUUGGAGGCAAUAGUUCAGAAUGCUUCAAGUGACAACCAGGGUAUCCAGUUAAGUGCAGUGCAGGCUGCAAGGAAGCUUCUUUCCAGUGAUCGCAAUCCACCAAUUGAUGACUUAAUAAAAUCUGGAAUACUACCUAUUUUAGUGCACUGUCUUGAAAGAGAUGACAAUCCUUCUUUACAGUUUGAAGCUGCAUGGGCUUUGACAAACAUUGCAUCUGGAACCUCUGAACAAACACAGGCUGUAGUUCAAUCUAAUGCUGUGCCACUUUUUCUGAGGCUGCUGCAUUCACCCCAUCAAAAUGUGUGUGAGCAAGCAGUAUGGGCUUUAGGCAAUAUCAUAGGUGAUGGACCCCAGUGUCGAGAUUAUGUUAUUAGUCUUGGAGUGGUGAAACCUCUGCUGUCCUUCAUCAGUCCAUCUAUUCCCAUAACAUUCUUAAGGAAUGUUACUUGGGUCAUGGUCAACUUAUGCCGUCACAAAGACCCACCUCCGCCAAUGGAAACCAUUCAGGAGAUUCUUCCAGCCCUCUGUGUUUUAAUUCACCACACAGAUGUAAAUAUAUUGGUAGAUACAGUCUGGGCCCUCUCCUACCUAACGGAUGCUGGCAAUGAACAGAUCCAGAUGGUGAUAGACUCUGGAAUAGUCCCUCAUUUGGUUCCCCUUCUCAGCCACCAAGAAGUUAAAGUGCAAACUGCUGCACUCAGAGCUGUAGGCAACAUUGUUACUGGUACUGAUGAACAGACACAAGUAGUUCUGAAUUGUGAAGCUCUUUCACACUUCCCAGCACUGCUGACACAUCCCAAAGAAAAAAUUAAUAAGGAAGCUGUAUGGUUCCUAUCUAACAUCACUGCAGGAAACCAGCAGCAAGUUCAGGCGGUGAUAGAUGCAAACCUUGUUCCAAUGAUAAUACACCUUUUAGAUAAGGGUGAUUUUGGUACUCAGAAAGAAGCUGCUUGGGCUAUAAGCAACUUAACAAUCAGUGGAAGAAAAGAUCAAGUGGCAUAUCUAAUUCAACAAAAUGUAAUUCCUCCCUUUUGCAACUUGUUAACAGUAAAAGAUGCUCAAGUUGUACAAGUAGUGCUGGAUGGACUAAGUAAUAUAUUAAAAAUGGCUGAAGAUGAAGCGGAGACCAUAGCCAAUCUUAUAGAAGAGUGUGGAGGGCUGGAGAAAAUUGAACAGCUACAAAAUCAUGAAAAUGAAGACAUCUACAAACUGGCUUAUGAGAUCAUUGAUCAGUUCUUCUCUUCAGAUGAUAUUGAUGAAGAUCCUAGCCUUGUUCCAGAGGCAAUACAAGGUGGAACAUUUGGUUUCAAUUCAUCUGCCAAUGUACCAGCAGAAGGGUUCCAGUUUUAGAGUGAUAUUUUGGUGGUUAGGUACAAUGCAGCACUGAAUAAAAAAUGGUUUGACCCAUCAAUCUUGGCUCAUGGGAUCCGCUGCUGCAUUAAAUCGGGAAAGAAAAUGUGAAGAUUUCAUUUGGAAUCACAGAAAAGCCCAAAUGAAGUCAAGAUGGCGAGUGGGUGCGAGUGAGAAUGAGUGGCAAAAUGUAAUGAAAAACUUCACUGAAUGCUUAUUUAGAUUGUUCAAAGAAAAAGGGCUACAGGUCAAAGAUCUUCAGUGCCUGAGAAGGAACAAUGACUUACUAGAGCAAUUGGGGGGGAAAAUGCAGUACUAUUAUCAUCAAGCUUUGUAAGCAUAAAAGAGAAUAGGAUGCCCAUAUAAGUCCAAGGAGAAUGAGCCCAGGCCUUGCUAUGAAGCACCGUGUGAAUGGACAACAUUGAAUGAAUGUCUGGACUCAGCUGUGGAGCCAGGCUCAUGUUUCAAACCUGGGGCUCUUCACUCAUGAAGCAGACUCCUAGUCCUGGAGUGGCGUGUGUACGAGAGUAUGGUUGUGAUGCUGUAUGUGAACGCAUGCAAGCUUGAUUCGCCUUCAGGGGGCUGAUAAUAAACCUAGUAAAUUAUCAAAAUGAGUUCAUAAGUGUUAACUUACACUGGACACACAAAUAAAGACCGGUUUAGCAGCAGACUCUGGUUUACUCCUGCAGCCUGUUUUAUUUUAUUUUUUCCCUGUUUCUUUUAGUUAUUUUUAAUUUCUUUCCUGUAUGGCUUAUUAUUAGUUGCUUGUAAAGUCAGAAUUUUCAGGAAGGCUUCCCUGUGCAUUUGCACCAGAUGAAUGUUUGAUGUUAUGAAAAGCUUUCCAUAUCAUCAAAACAAAUUUAUGUAGAUUUUUGCAUGAAAAAACAUACAUUUCUCUCCAAAUAGACUGUGUUGCAGUACAUAAGUUGCCAUAAUAGUAGAAGACAGUAAAAUGUGGUAAUAAAUUCAUCAUCCUUUUCAUUUUCAAAGAUAACAUAAUGAUCUCUUUGCAUGUGGUAAUCUACAGCAUAGCUCAUUUUUAGAUUUUGUUGAGUCCUGUAACCAAAUGUUUCUUUUGUGGUAGAAUACCGUGCUGUUCAAUGUUACUUGUUUUCAAACUUUGUUUUCUAUGAAAAUGAUAUGGAAACUUCUAAAAAUGAAAUUUGGUGCAUAUGUACUGCUGAAUAAAGACCGAAGAAGAGGUGUGAAUAGAUGUACAAAUCCAAUUCCUGGUUUGAAUACCUUUAAUAAUAUGCCUAAUCUGUCCAAUUGUUUUAGACUCUUUUUAUCUUAGAUGUAGGCAGCCAUGAACAAUCUAUUUUGAGCCACUUUAGAGAGAAAACUUUGUAUUUUUAAAACUUGCAUAAAAAACAUGCAAGUGUUUUUAUAAUUGGAGUAAUGCCUCAGUUUUGAGGUUCUGCACACUAAAUUAAAGGUGACAUUACAAAUUUAUACAAAAAGGAGAACUCUUUAUAAGGUGGCUCAUUGUAGGAAAUGCUGUGCCUUCCCCUUUGAGCACAAGUGUUGCAUGAACAACAGUUUGCUAUAAUAAAACAUACCGGAUUAGUCACCAUUAGCAUCUAUAUCUACCUUGUGUUUUAAAAUCAACUGGCAAUUCUGAAACACUGUAGAAUGGAUAAAGAUUAUUUUGUGAUCAUAACUCUUUGUUGGACUAGAGUAUUUUUACAGCAUUCCUUGUCAUCAGAAACAUGGUUAAAGUUUAAAACUAGAAGCAGCAGAAAACUAGCUUGUGAAAUUUAUCUAAGUAGAGUGCAGGCUAGGCUGUCUUGGGGAAAUAAACGUUAAACCUUUAAAACAG